UGGGACUGAGGGCCACCGAGGGAAAUGUCGCCCUUCUGGGUAGUAUGAGAAAAGGUCACAGUGACAGACAGUGUGAGCCGCGGAAGCACACGGUCAUGUUUUACGAGGAGUCAUAGGUAUUACGACAUAGGUGGGACUGAACGCCUCCGCAAGCCGGCGGGGGGUUUCCCGUUUACUUCUGCCAGGGUUUAAACUCCGUCCGGGUCCGCGGCGAAAAGAUGCAGCGAGCUCUCGGCUCCGGCGUGUGUGUGGGAGCAGCGAGGCACGGCCAGCGCCAGGAUGCUGGGCAGAGGGUGGUUCUUCAGCUUGGUUCUUGCCUCUCUUAUCUAUGCAAGUGCAAAGGCCAGUGUAACUGAACAUACCUAUCAACAUGAAGGUCGAACCUGUUCUCGUUGCCCUCCAGGACUUUAUAUGAAGACACGUUGCACAAAAAGCCAAGAUACAAUUUGUGCACCUUGCCCAGCAAAUCAUUACACACAGUUCUGGAAUUAUGUACAAAAGUGUCAAUACUGCAAUAAUUUCUGCCAAGAAAAUCAAUAUGUUAAGCUUGAAUGUAAUCAGUUCCACAACAGAGUGUGUGAAUGCAAGGAUGGAUACUUUUGGAAGUAUGAGUUUUGUAUGAAGCAGGCAGAAUGUCCUCGUGGAUUUGGAGUUAAAACUGCAGGUACUCCUCUAAGCAAUACAGUUUGUGUGAAGUGUCCUCCAGGUUUCUUCUCGUCAGUGAGUUCUGCCACUAUGCAAUGUAAGAGGCAUACAAACUGUACUGAACUGGGCUUAGAACUGGAUAUUGCUGGCACUGCAUGGCAUGACAACUUAUGCAACCCCUGCCAGCCCCAUGAGUCUGAAGAGGGUACUUCAGAGUGCGAAGCAGCGCUUUUUUACUUCGUGGUACGGCAAAAUAUCAAGCAAAAGAAAUUAUUGCAACUCGGAAAGGUACUCACCAUCUUGAGCCAGGAUGACAUACGGCAAAUAAAGAAUGGCAAACUGCAGAUUUUGCCUUUACUUAAAAAAUGGAAGAUGCAGCGGGGUGGAAGCAUAUCUGCCGAAGACUUGGUGAAAGCUCUGAGAGAAGUUAAGCUCAAUAAAAUUGCAAAAAAAGUUGCAAAAAAGUUCCUCAAAUACGAAAACAAUGCAGUGUGUGCUUUGCCAGAAAAGUAAGGAUGGUAGUAUGUGGGAAAUAUGAAUGCAGCUCCAUCAACUGUUUAAAAACCCAUUGCUCGUAAUCAUUCAAAAUCCCUCCUCAUUUCACUUUUCCCAGGCACCUUUCCAAAGAACACUAUAUCAUCAUUUUAGUUUAGUCUGUUCAGUUCUAUAGUAUAAUAAAGUUCUGGAUAUCCAUCGAAUGUCUGCAGGAUUUCAGCAUGUGAAAACUAAUUUGCUGUUUUCUAAAAGCAAGCAGGCAAGGUAAACAAAAGUACACAGCAACUGAUUCAGUGCUGAGCAAUGAGUGGUCCUAUUUUUCAAUGUACACUGCUGUUAAAUGACCCAGGAAUAAAUACAUGUUGUGAUUAUAGUUUAAAUAAAUUUAGCUUAAACAUAGUUCACCAUUGUUACCCAUCAGUGGUAACUAUAAAGAUAAGCUCCUAGUAACACGCCCAGAAAAAUAUGACUAAAACAAUAGAAAUAAUGUCCUUUCCUUUGCUUUUCAAAAUAUUACUAUUUAUUUUUCAUGCUUUGGUUGGAAAGGCACAUCAGAUAUAAUUUUACCAUUUAGAUUUUACUAUGAUUAAGAGGUGUUACUUGAUGUUGUGUUUGUAUUCUAUAUAUGUGGAGACUGUAGCAGAAUGUGUUUACAAGCCUUGAAGAUUGUGGCUUCCACUUCUUCCUUACCACUAGGUGGACUUGUUCAUUUGACAAAUAAUAAAUCUUAUAUAAUAAAAGAACAAAUCUUAUUUGAAAAACCAUUUGAUUAACUUGAGUAGGGUCCAAAAUAUCACUACAAUGAUGUUCAUUUCAAGAAACUGCUAAAAGGUAUGUUUUAACCAAUUCUAGUGGAUGGCACAACUUUCUUUUAAACUGUAUUACUUUUUGAUUUAGUUUUUCGUAUCAGUUGGGAUAUAGAGAAUGACAUUCACCGAUAGCUGAAAGGAAGAGGCAUUUUAAUGUUAUGGAACUGAUCCUAUCAAAUUUGUAGACCGUAAAUGUAAAGCAUUGAUCUGGUGUUGUAUAUAAAGCGACUAUAUAAAAUAAUAAUAGGGCAGACAUUUAGAUCAAUUGCAGGUAAGGCAGCGAGGAAGUAUUAUCUAAUAUCCAUUUGAUUUUAAAAAUUUGGCUUUGCCAGGAACUUCUGUACAAAUCUGUCAUUUUGUUUUUAUGGACUAAACAUCAGGUUCUCAUUGCUCAGAAGACCGCAUUGUUAAGAUAACAAUUGUAGCUGCAGCAAGUGACAAUAAUAAACCAAUACCAAUACAUGGUAUGUUUGGUAUUGGUUUAUUAUUGUCACUUGUACCGAAGUACAGUGAAAAACUUGUCUUGCAUACCGAUCGUAUAGGUCAAUUCAUUACACAGUGCAAUUACAUUGGGUUAAUACAGAGUGCAUUGAGGUAGUACAGGUAAAAACAAUAACAGUGCAGAAUAAAGUGUCACAGCUACAGAGAAAGUGCAGUGCAAUAAGGUGCAAGGUCACAACAAGGUAGAUCGUGAGGUCAUAGGUCAUAGGCCAUCUCAUUGUAUAAGGGAACCGUUCAAUAGUCUUAUCACAGUGGGGUAGAAGCUGUCCUUGAGCCUGGUGGUACGUGCCCUCAGGCUCCUGUAUCUUCUACCUGAUGGAAGAGGAGAGAAGAGAGAAUGUCCUGGGUGGGUGGGGUCUUUGAUUAUGCUGGCUGCUUUGCCAAGAUGAUGAGAGGUAAAGACAGAGUCCAAGGAGGGGAGGCUGGUGUCCGUGAUGCACCAGGCUGAGUCCACAACUGUCUGCAGCUUCUUGCGGGCCUGGGCAGAGCAGUUGCCAUACCAAGCCGUGAUACAUCCAGAUAGGAUGCUUUCUAUGGUGCAUUGGUAAAAAUUAGUGAGAGUCAAAGGGGACAAACCAAAUUUCUUUAGCCUCUUGAGGAAGUAGAGGUGCUAGUGAGCUUUCUUGGCCAUGGCAUCUAUGUGAUUUGACCAGGAAGCUGUUGGUGAUGCUCACUCCCAGGAACUUGAAGCUCUCAACCCUCUCGACCUCAGCACCAUUGAUGUAGACAGGUGCAUGUACACCGCCCCUUUCCUGAAGUCAAUGACCAGCUCUUUUGUUGACAUUGAGGGAAAGGUUGUUGUCAUGACACCAUUCCACUAAGCUCUCUAUCUCUUUCCUGUACUCUGCACUUACCUGGUAACUUACAAUGCUUGUACUUCAAAAAGUUAUGAUUUAAUAAUUAACAACCAUCUUGUUUAUAUAAAUAUAGAAUGAUUGAUCGGUGUGCUAACAUUAUUGUUCUAUUGAAAAGCUAAAUGCUGUACUUCCAAGCUGAUUUAAACAAAGAGGAACAAGUUAUAGUAAAUAUGUACAUAUGGUGUCCAAAGCUUCUCACUAUUCACAUCCCUGAUGAUACUCUGCAGCUCUAUCCCCACCUGUCUUCAACAAUGCCUCUUCGUGCCAUUCAUCCAUCCUUGGCUAAAUGGGUUGACGACCAAACUGUUCCUGGAUGGGCAUUAUGGAAUGCAGAAACAAACAAAAUUGUUUCUGUUUGUUACUCUGACUUAACCAGACCUUUUGCUCAGUUAAGAUCGGAAAUCUCAGCAGGGUCACAUCGAAGUUGAGGCCUACUUACACGUUCUCCGGGAUCAUGUUUACACAUCCUUACUUUCGGAUAGUUCUUACUCUUCUGCAAAAUAAACAAAUUGAUCAUUUCUUUAAAAAAAUAGACCACUUGUUCAAAUCAGCUACAAACUGACUCAGAGCUAAGACAGGAGAAACAAUGUGUCAUGGAUACCUCCUCUCCUAUCGGAUUCCUUCUUCAGCACAUUGCCUCUUCCACCUAUCACCUCACAGCUUCUCACAUCAUUUCCCCCUCCCUCCCCCACCUGCCUACCUUCCCCCCUCACCUGUCCCCUGCCAGCUUGUGCUCCCCCCCUCCCCUGACAUUUUUAUUCCGGCUUCUGCCCUCUUCCAGGCCCGACGAAGGGUCUUGACCCGAAACGCCGACUGUUUAUUUCCCUCCAUGGAUGCUGCCUGACCUGCUGAGUUCCUCCAGCACUUUGUGUGUGUGUUAUAGAUGCAGUAUGUCCAGAUAUGUAGCACUAAAACAGAUUGCUUGAUCAUUAUCUCAUUGCUGUUUGUGAGAGUUUGCUGGGCAGGAACUGAUGUUUGUGUUUCUUGCAUUAUAGCAGUGAGUACGCAUUAAGACCCCUUUGGCUGUAAGUUCUCCGGGUGUCCUAAGGUUGUGAGAGGUUCUAUGUCAAUGCAAAUGUUUUAUUUCUUUUUGUAGAUUCUUUAUUUCUAUUUUAUGCAAUGUUAUCAAUUUAGUUUAUUUAUAUAACUGAAUCUACUUACCUGCAUUCUAAUUUCUAUUGACAUGAAUCUUUGCAGUUUUUGUUUAGGUUGAGAUUUAUAUUUAUUCAACACUGGCACCUAGAAACAUUUUGAUUAAAAACAAUUGAAAAUGAA